AUUACGAUGUAUUAUUUUUUCGAAUAUUCGAAGAGAGAAUUUUCGGUCAUUUGGAGACGUAUUUCUUCGCGAUUUUUGGUUCACCUUAUCAGUAAAGAUGAUAUACGGAUGUAAAUGUGUCUGAACGAUUGAUAUAGUACGACGAUGUUUCUUCUGGAGAUCGGGAACUUCCCCCUUUUUGUUGAGAAUUAAUCAAGUGGAAAGGGUUCCAGGUCUUUUUGAAUUGAGAAUCUUGGUAGCUUUGUCAGGUAAUCCUCAAAAUGACCACUUUAUAUGGUAAUUUGGUGAGAUAAGUCGGAACUAAUCAGAAGCCUCGGAGAGAAUGUUGUACAGUUGUAGGUGGAAUAAAAGUUUAAUUAAAAGAAGCUUUUAAUACGGGGGUUAAAUUUUUAUUCUCGAAUUGAUCAACAAGGGGGUCGUGAUGGGGACAGCGAUGAGUGGAUGAUAAUAUCAUUCCUACUUGUCAAUUUCAAUCAUCUGUACCAUUUUGGCUAUCUCAUUGUUAUAUGCACAAUUCACCUGAAUUGAAACUAAUUAUUGUGAUGCCCGACGAAUGCUUUAUAGGGGAGGAGAGAAAUGAAAAAAUAAAUUUUUCCAAUUAAAUAUUCUGCGGACGAGAAUUUAAAGCAGAUUUUCCACUGGAAAUUUCAGGCAUUUGUUUGUCCAAAACCGAGAUCAUUGGCAAAAUUAUAUUUUUUUCUUGAUGUAUUUAAUGUCAAUUAUCAAAAUCCUUCUCGUCACUAGCAUCCGGAUUCUUCUCAUCCCCAACUUGAACUUGACUUAACCCAAAAAAACUAUAACAAAGGACGAUAAAUGUAACACUCAAGACAGUGAUUCACCGAUUGACAUGACAGGCACAGGUCCCGAGACAGGUACACGCCCACUUGAGUAUCACCGGCUGUGUCUACCCUGUAAGAUAAUCCUCACCGUCAAUAUGAUACUUCAAUUGUACUUUCACGGGAUGUUGAGGCCGCACCCUUCUCCACUUAAGGCCCAGGCACUUGAAAAAUAUAAACGGGGAGUGUACUUGAUCCUUUUCGGGGUCUUCAACGUUUCCUUACGAGUUUCUCUUAGUCUUGUUCGCUGGUGCUUCGCUGUCACCUCGUCUCCGGGGUUGGAGUGUGAGUGGAAAAGUGAGGAAAUAAAAAGAACACUGGUUCAGUAAAAAGUGGGAAAAAAAGUUAAAAGGAUUGUACACUUGGGGGAGAAGGAGAAUAGAAUGGAGAUUCCGGGGGGGUGGAAUUGGUUGAGUCUACGAGGUCGAGGGGAAUUCGUGAUCAGUGAUGUAGAAACUGAUUAAUUGCCAAUGAGAGGAUAGUACAGGACUGAUUCAACGAUGAUAUCCAACUUUUUUGGAAAUUUUUUUGUACCAAGAGUUCUUGUGAAACUCAACAAUGUUCGGUAGGAGUGAAUGGAGUUCUUGAAAAUCAAUUCAGGCACUUACAGUAAUUGUUCUCUAGGAACUGCAGAUGAUUAGUUGAGGAAUUGAUGGAAUGGCUCCGCUUCCUGUUUUUAGGGUAAUAAGCCUGCUAAUUUUAGAUCAUCGUGAUAAGUGAGUAAAAUCGUUCAGAAAUUUUAAACCUCGAACCACAACACCCCAGAUCACGUAAAACUUUCCAAAUAAUCGUAACUUGACUGAAGUGAAGUGUUAAAAAACAGCUAUAACAACAAUUUAAACCAACAUUUCCCAGCUCAAAUCCUGUGAAAAUGAGUGACUAAACGAAAAGUAAACGAAACACAAAUGAAGAUAUUUUUUGUAUUAUUGUGAUUGUACAUCGCUUUGAUCAGUUUAGGACCUGUUGCGAUGGACCUCGACUUUCAAUAAUUGAAUCGCACCAUUCUACCCCACCGAAUUUCCCACUAAAAUCUCUAUAAAAUAUCACUCCCUGAAGACAUUCUCGACGAAUUCUCAAUCGUCCGCCAAACUAUCAUCGGAAAUCGAACUGAGGAUUGGCAUCACCAAAUUCAUGAAUAGCUCCAAAUUCUCCAUCAGAUUGUGAUCAUUCAGCUACACUCAUACCGAUAAAAAUCAUUUGAAAAAAAAUGAGAAUCCCGGGGUGUUCACAGUGUCUCACUGGCAUUGAAGAGGCACGUUCGACAGUGGUGUCGAAUACAUCCUGCGAUCCACUUCUGAUCACAAAGCGUCCGAUAGUGAAGCAGAGCAAUGAGAAUUCCCAUUCCCAUCGGAGAAUAUCAAUCCCAAUGGAAUGCCGUGAUGCCUCGGAUAGACGCGUUUCUCGGCUACCAGUGUUUCUCAGGGCUAUGUUCAAUGCUACCUGGAGAAGAAAACGUGGACGAAAGAAUAGGGAAUGGCUGGAGACCAAAAGAAGAGUGAAGAAACGAGAUGUUUUCCGGAAGAGAGAGUCCUCUUCUGAUGAUAAUGGAUUUGCGGGUAGGAGAAUCGUUGAACUGAGGAACGAGGCUCUGGAGAAUGAGGAGUUUGGCGAAUACUGUGAACAUCUGGAGCCACUCAAGUUCAUUCUGGAACCUCCAGCCUCUUUUGCCAAUGAAGACCACUGGAAUGCAACGGCCAAGCUCAACAGUCUGGAUUUCCGGAGGAUAAACACCAUUGCAAUACCUCAUGAAUCAACAUGGAAUCUCAUGAAAUUCCAGAAUAAGUUUGAUGAAGCUAUGAUGUGUAUUAUCGAACGUGAGCCAAUUCUGAAAAGAGUGAGGAAGUCUUGCCUGACUCGUGACGCUACAGUGUUCAAUAAACGGGAGGGAAAAACCGUGAGAUUCAAGGAUGAUGAUUUAACAGUGAAGAAUGAGAAUACCAGCGUUAUAACUCCACAUGUGGUUUCUCCCCGGCUGAAUGCAGACAGCCGUGAGAUGGUUGCGAUGGAAUCGAUGAAUAAGAGUCACGUUACUACUGUGAGGAUUGGACCGGAGACUGAGGAAGGAGCGAUACAAUUUCACGGAGAAUUGUGUCAAAACUAUGAUGGAAGUCUUUACAAAUUACUCGUUAACCAUUUCCACGUCAAUGUGAAUGAGAACUUGUGGAAUGGGGGAUUGCAAAAUGUCAGAUAUCUGGAUGGUACGUUGAGAUGGUAACAAUGAGGGAAAUGUUCUCUAC